CUGUCAUUCACAUCAUUUAUUUGAACACAGAAUCAACGAAAUAUUUAUUUCAAUAAUUUUCUUCAUUGAGGUUUGUAUACCUAGACUUUACGCGCUAACAAUAAACGGCCCAAGAAGACAAGAUCUGCUUUUAUAUUAUUUAGCUUUAUCUAGCCCGUUACGUCUAAAAUGACUAACGUCAAUAUUCAAUAUGAUAACGCGCUACUGGGUAUUCUCCAAAACGAAGGGAAGUUAGAAAAGUUUUUAGAUGUGAUAUUCGGGUUCUUAAUGCGCAGGACCGACUUUUUCUAUAUUAUGACACCAGAACAAAAAAAAAUAGGUUUCCCACCUGGUGUGAGCAUCGAAAUGAUUCUUAAGGCUUACGAGAAAUAUAAAACAAUAUUUGAGGGUUAUCAGCGUCAUCGCCAAGUAGACACCAACCAACCAACCAAAUCGGUCACUAAAGAAGAACCAAAACAGUCAAAUACCACUGACUUACCUUCAAACGAUGAUAAAAAGGUAUCUGGGUGUCCAUCAAGCGUUACAAACUUAACAUCGAAAAGUGAAGAAAAUGAUGAAUUUAAAGUUUAUCAGGCAGAUCCCGAUUGCUACAACGGAGCCAUUAGAGAUAAAUACACAUGGAGCCAAACUAUCAAGGAUAUUGAUAUUAAAAUAAAGAUACCAGAAAACGUGGAUGCUCGCAAUAUUUCUGUUAAUAUUGAACGCAAACAUAUUCGUGUUUCAAUUAAAAAAGACAAGAAAGAAAUUUUUUGUUUCGAUGGGGAUUUGUGUUGGGAGAUUCACAAGAAUGAUGCUAUCUGGACCUUCCACUCCAAAGAAAAUCAAAUCCAGCUGUGUCUUGACAAGGUUCAGGAACGGUGGUGGGAAGCUGCUUUUGAUGGAGAAGACAAACUAAACACACGGAAAAUCGAUUGCUCUCGGCCUAUGCACGAACUAGACGAUGAGGCGCAGGCUAAAAUCCAACAGUUAAUGUAUGAUGAACAGCGGAAACGCCAAGGACUACUUACUAGCGAACAAGAAAAAAUGAAAAACAUACUCGCCAAUGCUUGGAACAAAGAGGGUUCACCUUUUCGAGGAACUCCGUAUGACCCUAGUCAAGUCAAAAUAGACGGUACAAGUAUGCACAUUCAAACCAAACCGAUGUGAAGAUGAACAAAAGAGAACAAUAAUAUUAACUCCAUGUAUAAGGACCGAAGGAGUCAAAAUAUGUUGAAAUCGUAAAACUGUUUUGCAGAUACUAAAUAAAAAAGCAAAUUUCUUAUCCCUACU